GACAAUCCAAAGAGCACUGACGUCCAAAUACUACCAUAGCAACCGAAGUUGAAAUAUAAAUACAGAGGUCACGUAGGAGUUUAUGACAGAAGAGGGAAGUGAUAUUUUUCUUUUUUCUAUUCGGGUUAAAAGUAAUAGUUUUUUCUUUUAAAUGGAAGGUUUGCCUCUUCUCCCAGGAUACACAUUCGGAGAUCCCACGAAAACAAGAUAUCACCGUUCCCAGUGUUUUGACUUUAGAGGAGGAUAUGCCUUCCCAAAGACAACUUGUUUUGGCAUUGGGAAAGAACCUCUUGAUGUGGAUUCAGUAGCAUUCUUGAAAGAUGAUGACACUAUCAAGUGUGAUCCAGUGUUAACAUAUGGCAUCUUAAAAAGACCAGUUUUUCCUUCAUUCCAUCCACAUUUUGAAAUUUAUGAUAAAAAGGCUCUUAAUUUUAAAGCUUACUUCAAACAAUCUGUUUUUGAGUCACCAGUGGAACAUUAUCGUGUAAGGCAUGUCAACAUUGUCUAUUUUCUUGAGAAUGAUACAAUCACUGUCAUGGAACCCCCAACUGAAAAUAGUGGCUUCAGCCAGGGGAGACUUGUAAGGCGUGGAAAAAUCCCAAAAAAAGAUACUGGACGGUUCUGGCACUGGAAGGACUUUAAUAUUGGAAUGGAUGUACCAAUGUAUGGAUUUAUUUUUCACAUAGUUGACUGUGAUGCCUUCACUAAGAAAUAUCUCACUAGCCAAGGCAUUGAAUUACGACCCCCAGAAGAUAUGCCUCCUGACCCUUAUACCAUUACUAGGAAGAUGAGCACUCAGCCUAAAACAAGAGUGACACAUUUUGUUGAUGAUAAACUGCGCCGGUUUCUGGAAUAUGAUCGGAGGAUACUAAGACUGUAUGCUGUUUUAGAAGAAAAUGAUGCUGAAUGUGAAGAAUUAAAACCUUUUAUUAUUUAUUACUUCCUUGUUGAUGACUGUGUUGAAAUCAAAGAGGUCCAUGGGAAGAAUGAUGGAAGAGACCCUGUGCCUUUACUUCUUAAAAAGACCAAGUUGCCCAAAAACUGGAAUGAUUUGCCUGCAACAUUUCCUUCAUCAUAUCUUGAAACAUCAGAGGCAGAAGUCACUGAAUAUUACACACCAGUGGAUUUUGUAAUUGGAAAUACCAUUUCCAUUUUUGGGAGAAGGUUCCUUAUUUAUGAUUGUGAUAAGUUCACUCGAGAUUAUUUUGAGAAUGUGCUAAGAGUUCCACUAAGAGACCCAAUAAAUGUGUUUAAGAAGCAAACAGUAAAACCGAUGAGGGUUUAUCCUCCUCAUCUUGGAUUUGGGACCCCACAGGACUCGCUGCAGUCUUGCCUGUCUCUUAUGCCCAAGCCACCCAAGAAAGAUAUUUUGCGCUACAUUCAGAAUGCAAAUAAGGUUCUGCGAUAUACAGCUGAAAUGGAAUGGUCUCAUCCAGAAGAUGAAGGGCGAAAAUUUCAAAUUUCGUAUUCAUUGAGUGACUGUAAAAUAACGAUUUAUGAACCACCUGUUAGAAAUUCAGGAAUUAUUGGAGGCACCUUCCUGAGGGCCACUCUUGUGCCAAAGGAUGGGGCCAGUCCCGAUUUUCCUGAGUAUUACACUCCUGCUGACUUCUAUAUUGGUGCAGUUGUAACAAUUUUCAAUCAUCGUUUCAAAAUUACGGGUGCAGACCUCUUUGUGUACCAUUACAUGCAGCAAAAUCAGGAUAAAUUUAGCCCUGAUAUUAUUGAUAAUAUGCGCAAUUACAUGGUUCGACAAGGAUUUUUGAAAGAAGAGAUCCAGGAGCUCAUGAAGAAAUACCAAGAAGAGGAGGAACAGCACCAAGAAGAAGAGCAAAGGCAUCAAGAAGAACAGGAAAGGAACCCUACAAUCACUGAAUCUGGACAGUAAAUUUUCAUGUUAACAUUUUUCUAAAUAAUAGUUCAACAAAUAUUCUUUAUAUUUCACUAUGUUUUAGAUUUCACUGCAUCAUACAUUUUCACUGGAAUAUGUACUUAGAAACAUGAUGGAAAUAGUGAAGAAGAAAAACAAAAGAACAUUGCUACAACAAGAUUAGUACACAGGAAGUGACAUUUUAAGUCUAAAUUAUAAGCAAUAUUAACAACUGUAGUCAUAAAAAGUACAUUACAGUAAGAAUUAUGCUACAUGGCAAAUUAGUAACUCUUAUGAGAUUAAUAAUGACAAAUGAGUGACAGGCUACAUCUGAAUAAUUAACCAUUUUAUAGAGAUUAAUAAGGGAGUAAGACUGAAAACCAGGUAUAGACUUAACAUUUUAACUACUACCUAUAUUAACACUGUGCUGCCUUUAACAUUUUAUCGUAAAUGGAAUCAUAGAAAGCUAUCUCUCCCCAAAAUAUAUCCUUCUCUCCCUCCCUAUCCCAUCCCAUCCCUUCCCUUCCCUUCCCUUCACAUCCCCCAUACCCCUCCCCCUUCCAGAAAUAACUUACCACAGAGUAAAAACAUUGUGUGUAAGGAGCAGAGAAAGACAAGAAAAAUGAAAAAUCUGUGCUUGGAUAGUGUGAUUAUAUUCAACAAUGUUGGUGAUGGUUAGGGUCUGAUGAAAUUGCAAAAGGUGAAAAUCAUUGUUAUAGGAUCGGUGGUAGCCAGAGCCGUACUGUAAGGCAUCAUUCAACAGCACUACUAUUCUUUAGUAAAAACCACUUGUUUUAAUUAGCACUAAGUAAGCUCUUCACCUCUUAACUAGUUACUUAAUAGCAAUUCUUUUGAGUGUGAUAAGGUUACUAUGCUGCAGUAUACAUCAAAUAGUCUUCUCAGACAAUGGAAACUACACAUUUGAAUAUUCAAAACGUGUAAAGAAAGAAAAAAAAAAUCUCAACAGGGAAAUAUUUUAACAUCCAAUAUAAAAUUAGGCAUUAGGAUGCCAUUUCUGAAUCUAUUUGUCUGAGGCACUGCCUCAUAUGGGAGAAGUUAUAGAGGGAUAUCUAGAUUUGAUUACAGAAAGCAGGUUUGAACUGGUUCAAGUGGUAGCAGUUACACAGAGAUGAAAGCAUUAGCACAGGGUGGCCUUCUGAGGAGAGAUGAAUCAUACUAAUGUUUGGACUGAGGAAAACAAGAACAUUGAGUGAAUUGACUCA